AGAUAGAGAGAGGGGAGAGAGAAAGAUAGAGAGCGGAGAGUACGUUUUGGAUUUUUGGUUUCGUCCCUCCUCUGCUCUUUCCCCGUUCUGAGGGAUUUGGUUUCGUCUAAAAGGGGGAAAUCACAAAGACAAGUAAUCCAUUUUAACCAUAGAGAGAUGGAGAGAGGAGAGUUGGUUUGGCGUUGAAGGCAUCACAAACGCCCGUCUCGGUUACCUCUGGAUAAGCCGAUUGAAAUCUACCUUCCUCUCCUCUGACAAGAAAUUUAGAUUCUCUUUCUUGGUCCGAUUAAUUGAAACCCUACCUCGGCCCAGUGGGAAUAAAAAUCCGAUCUUUUUCUUUUUUUUUCUUUUUUUUUGAAGGAAACGUAUCUUUUGGUUAAUGCCCUGAUAAAGAUUUGGUGGUGUAAAGAAAAAUUUACUGCAACGGAUUUGGUGUGAAUAAAAGAUCGAUUUCCGUUCGAGCUUUCCUUCCCCAGACUCCAAUCUUGGGUCAAAAUUCCAUCUUGCAGUAGCUUUUCGAUCGAGAACCGCCCAUGGCGAGUUCGUCGGGAUCGAUCGAUUACUGGAGGAAGUUCUUCCGAAGUGCGAAUUCUGAUAUCUUCGGAGUGAUAGAGCAAGCCGUCGCGGUCGCGGCGUCCGAUUACCCCCAGGAAUUCAAGAGCAGGAGGGAUCAGAUCGUGGAGAAGUUCUUCACGGCGCUGCUGCCACGGUGUUUGGGGUGCGAUCGCGUGGAGCCGAGAGGAGCCGAGGGGGACGGCAGCGGCAGGAAGGAUGGAGAGAAAGAGAGGGGGAGCAAGGUGGAUAGCAGCAACGAUGGCCCCGAGGAGUUGAAUCGGGCCGUGAGUAAUAAUAGCUACGACGAGGCCGAGGCGCUCACGGAGGAGGUGCAGGAGGAGAGCCAAACUGUAGGAGAGGUUUUGAGGAUAAAAGAGAUCCUUGAACACAACCAUGAUGAGUCAGACAGCCUCUUGUAUGAAUUGUUGAGGCGGCUGCAGUCGAUGCAGCUUUCAGUCGAAGUCCUCAAGGCAACUGAAAUUGGAAAGGCUGUCAAUGGUCUGCGGAAGCAUAACUUGAAGCAAAUUCGCCACCUUGUGAGGGCUCUCAUAGAUGGUUGGAAGGUUUUAGUUGAUGAAUGGGUCAAUGCAACAGCUGCCAUUGCCGAUAGCUCUCCAGACUCCUUAAAUCCUUGUAUGGUGGAUGAGGAAGGAGGUAUUCCUUGUCCUUCAUUAGAUGAGGGAGUUUUUCUUGCUGCUCAAACUACUUCCAUCCAGAACUCUAAGUUCUUUGACGGUAUGGAUGAGGAUGGAAAUUAUACAAAUAAUGGGCACGAGCAAUUGAGGAAACUGCAACCUCGACUGCAGCCUGUUGUUCCAGAAGAGAAGGGAGAGAUGAGGAGGCAAGAACUUAGGAAGCCGCUUGUCCUGGAAGAGAAAAAACAGAUGAGGAGGCAAGAACAGCAGUCAGCAAGUCAAGUAGCGAAAGGGAAUAUGGGGAGAGAAGAGCCAAUCAUGAGGCGAACAAAGCCACAGGAGCUCUGUGUUGUGCAAGAAAAGCCUCAAGUCAUGAUCAACAGGCAAAACAACCGUGUAAUUCCUGACUCUGGCCCGGGCAGAUCAUCAACGUUGUCCUCUGAGCAGAAGAAUGGCAAUGAGACGAAUCACAGUAAGCAGCAAGAAGUUGCUGCCCUUCAGAGGAAGCCACGAAUCAUCCUUCAGGAUAAAUCAAAGUACUCUGAAGAAGCUUCGGUACGGGCUAAGCUAGAAGUUUCAAAGAGGAAGCUUCAUGAAGGUUAUCAGCAAGCAGACAAUGCUAAAAGGCAGCGGACGAUACAAGUAAUGGAGUUGCAAGACAUUCCAAGGCAAGCACAUAACAGUGGGCAGUCAGUGAUGAAAUCCAGAAACCUCAUUAGGAGUUCAGCAAAUAGUAGGCACCAGUUCAGUUAACUUUCAGAUAGAAUAACUUUCUGGUUGCUUUAGACCUUCCUUUUUCUUUAGUGGAAGCCAAGUUGCGGAUUGUAUUUAUCGGAAGAGUUCCGUGAAAAGACUAAACAAAAAAAAAGGGAAAAAGAAAUUGACAAAAGGAGAGGGAGUUCUUGUAGCAUAGACUUCAAACAUAUUAAUCAUACAGUUCGUUCGAUAAAGGGGACAGUGAGAAGUUCAAAAAAAAAAAGAAAGAAGAAAAGAAACAGAACCCUAAGGAAGAAGUCCAAUUUUGUCAAAGAUACUUUAGGUUUUCCAUUAGAAUACAUCUGCCUGGUUUCUCUCUUAUGUAAAAGAAGCAGCAGUGUCUUUGCUUAUUGGUUCUGUUGAUGUUUUGAAGGUUAAGAAUUCCUUUUGUCACAGAGGAACAAGGACAAUUGAAUUCUUAUUAUUGGUCAGCUUGUUGAGUAAGCAUUCCUUUUAUUUGAGAACCGAAAGAUACGAGGGUGACUAGGUCUCCUUAUUUGGAUUU